CAUGAGCCGUAGUACCCAGCCAAUUAAUUAUUUUUUUAAAAAAAUUGUUAUGGGGAUAUGUGAGGUCUAACUACUGGUCCAGAGCAGAAUGGAGAAAAUGCUGGCAGUACAAAGAGCAGGGUAUGGAAUCAGGUCACCAGGAAAGCCUCCAGAAAAAUGCCCACUUCACCCAACCGAAAGAGUUAAACAGGGCCUGGCACAAUGCCAGCACUCCCUUCAUUCAGCCAACACCUGCUGUGUGUGGCCAGUGUGCCAGGCAUUGGGAGUAAAGUCGGGCUUAGACGUGACUCCCUGCCCCCAGGCACUAAACUGCUAUUGGAUACAUAUGUAAUUGACCUGCUGCUUCUGGGUAACUGCAUGUUGGCUGCAUUUCUAGAGAGUCUAAAGACCUUAUUCUUGGGUAGUUUUUAGAAGCUGUGACUGACUACAAAGCCAUGACUCAUUUUUUUAUAUUCUAGAAUGAAUCAAUCUAGAUUCCACUAUUCCUAUUAGAAUAGUCACCUGAGGAGGCAUAUGCUUAUUUCAGUGACAGAGGAGUUGCUCAAGUCUUUAAGCUUCAUCUGUGGAAUUGACUUCAAAGCAUACAGUGCAAUCUUUUGAAUAUGCUUAGUGCUUGUAAAUAUUUGCUUUUGGAGAACAACUUUGAUUUUGCAGAAAACAAAAGCUAUUCACACAAAACUCUGGUGAUCAUGGUAGUUGAUGAGACUGGGCAGGAAUAUCAUUUGACUCAAACUCUGGAAUGAUAUCAGUCAGGAAGUUGGAGAUGUCUCAUAGUAAAGAAGAGUCAGGAGAGACUGUUCAUUCCUUUUAUGUUCUGCAUGAUGAAUGUUUAUUCCUUUUAGCACUGAGGCAGGAGGGAAAAUCCUGGCCAUACCAUGGUCACUUGACUGUGAAGUUGCUUAAAGAUUCUGUUGUCUCAGACUUUGGGAGAGAGCUUGCUGGGGCUGUGGAAGGCCCCUGGUGCUCACUGCUUUAGUUCUGCUGACCCCGCUGCAGCUACCCCAUGCCAGGUUGUACUGUGGAGGGACCUGUAGCUGGAAGAAGCCAGAGAGCAGAAAUAGCUGUCCUUUAAGGACCCAGGGCUGAAGGUAUGUGGCUGGGUAAGCCAUGAGGGGACAUGUAGGCCCUGUGGAGUCCUGACAAGCAACAAGGAGGAAGAGGCCCCAAGUUGGGGAGGGUUACAGGUUGGGAAGAACAAUGAAUAAUUGUUCUGAGAAAUGGCUAAUCACAAACCUGCAGGCACAGCCACCUCAUUCUGUUUGUGGUCCCAGCAGCAGAACCUCUUCUGCAUGUAGUUUCCUCCUGCACAACCCUAUAAAACUUCCUCCAGCUCCUGCCUCUUUGAAGACAGCCCCUUCUCUGCUGUGCUGCCUGUUGUAACCUUGCAACAUAUUUUCAUACUUUCCCUAAUAAAUCUACCUUUCUUUACCUAAAGCUGUCUUGGCAAAUUUCUUUCCCACCAUGACACCAGCCCCAGCUAGUUGUAUUGCAACACGGCCUUUGUUUAAAUUGUGUUUGAGUAUUUACUGAGUCUGUGUCUGCAAGGCCGGGGCAUCCACUGAUUAAUCACUGCCCACUGAAGGAAUGAAUACAGAGGAAAGAAAGAGGGAGGGGCCAGAAAAGAACAGAAGACAGGGCAUGUAGCCAUCACUCUGUCUACUCUACCUAUCCUGUCACUCCUGUGUGAACACAAAGCACUGGACAAAAGCUCUUGGGAUUCUCAAGGACCCUCAAUUCUCAAAUGAAUAUUGAGUAUAAGUUUGGUGUAUACUGUAUUUUACUACUUUCUUAUUCUUCUGCAUUUCUCUGGUAUUUUACUCAACAGAUACCAUUUCCUAUACCCAGAACUAAGCUAGGUGCUGCAGGAGACAUUCUCUUUGUCCUUGGGUAACUUGAAUCUCCUUGGGAAGAUAAGAACAAUAUGCAUAUAUACUGUAGAGUGAGGAUGGCCAGUGUGUUUCAUUUCAGAUGUCAGCUCCAGCUAAUUGGUGGCCUUGUGGAGUAUUUCAUCAAAUCAAAGGCACCCUCAAUUGUCCUGAUGUUUUUAGUUCAAAGAGUCUUGCCCUUCAAGCCCAGAAGAAGAUUCUAAGCAAAAUAGCCAGCAAAACUGUGGCCAAUAUGUUGAUUGAUGACACCAGCAGCGAGAUCUUUGAUGAGCUCUACAAAGUCACCAAAGAGCACACUCACAACAAGAAGGAAGCCCACAAAAUCAUGAAAGACUUAAUCAAGGUGGCAAUCAAAAUCGGGAUUCUCUACCGGAACAACCAGUUUAGCCAAGAGGAGCUUGUUAUCGUGGAGAAGUUCCGGAAGAAGCUGAACCAGACCGCCAUGACCAUUGUCAGCUUCUAUGAGGUGGAAUACACCUUUGAUAGGAAUGUGCUCUCCAAGCUGCUGCAUGAGUGCAAGGACCUGGUGCAUGAACUGGUACAGCGACACCUGACAUCCAGGACCCACGGGCGCAUCAACCAUGUCUUCAACCACUUUGCCGAUGUAGAAUUCCUCUCAACCCUCUAUAGUUUGGAUGGAGACUGUAGGCCCAACCUCAAGAGGAUUUGUGAAGGAAUCAAUAAGUUGCUAGAUGAGAAAGUCCUUUAAAUGCCUUGCCUCCUCCUGGACUUUGCUGCUUUAAAGUUACAGUGCCCAACCAUAAUCUGGGUGAGAAUCAAGAACACAAGCAGAAACCCUUGUCAAAGAUGUCCAUGUUCUGUCCUGUUCAUCCCUCAUCAUGCUGUUCAUCAUGCUGAUGCUGAUGCUGAUGCUGAACUGAGCUUAGAUGUGUUUUUCUUCUGAGCUCUCUAGCAAAGUUUCUACUUAAAAUCACCUCUGUGUAAGCCCAAAGGACAUUUCCUCUAUUUUAGGCAGAAAGUCUGUUUUGCUCAUUACAGUGCGUGCAGUUUAUCUUACAGAGUGGGAGGAGCACUGGACUGGGAGACAGAGGACAAGGAUUUGGUUUCCAACUUUACCAGUUAGGACUCUAUCCUCUGCAUUCUGGAACCAUGAUGCCUGCUUGUCUGCCUCACAGGCUGUUGUGAGGACCAGAUGAGAUAAUGUAUGUUCAUGCUUUUGGAAACUCUAAUGUAAGGUCUUAAUAUUUUUGUCUUCUGAGUGUGAGGGGAUAAACCUGGAUGUAGAAUAUUAAGCAGCAUAGGAGAAAAGAACAAUAGAAUCUAAUGGACUGGGUUUGCAAUCUGUCUCUAAAUGCACUGCUUCAGACAAAGUAAAAUCCAAAGGUGUGAAAAAGUGUAGCUGCAAAUUGGAAAAAUGUUUUUCAAGAGUUAUGUUUUUGGCCCGGCGUGGUGGCUCACACCUGUAAUCCCAGCACUUUGGGAGGCCUAGGCAGGAGGAUUGCCUGAGGUCAGGAGUUCGAGACCAGCCUGGCCAACAUGGUGAAACCCCGUCUCUACUAAAAUUACAAAAAUUAGCUGGGUAUGGUGGUGCAUACCUGUAAUCCCAACUACCUGGUAGGCUGAGGCAGGAGAAUUGCUUGAACCCAGGAGACGGAGGUUGCAGUGAGCUGAGAUGGUGCCACUGCACUCCAGCCUGGGCAACAGAGCAAGACUCUGUCUUUUUUUUUUUUCUUUAAAAAAAGGUGUUUUUAAGGUCUUAAAUGUUUAGGUUUAUGAUCCUGCGGAGGGAAACUUUCCAUGGGGUGUGGGGAGAGAGUUUUCCACCCAUAACACAGAAACAGAAGCACUGUGCUCCCUCUGCAGGACCAGCCUUCCCUUAUCUAAGGGGCAUGGAGCUCGGAGAGGCUUUAUUCCACACGCACAGGAAAGUCAGGCAGAAUGAACCCCUACCAAUCUUUCUUGGCCUUUCACAGUCAGUAUUUGCUGUUGUCUCUGGUUCAUUAAUAAAUUGAAACUACCCUCCAAACAAGAGAUCUUAGAGUUGUGAUUCAAAAUAAAAUUCCUUGGAGUUAAAUACAGUGUUAAGAAUAACAGGAUUGAAAAGAAUAAGAAAAUGAAGAGUAAGAGUUCUGCACUCAGACCCCAAGGGACAGUACCUUUAGAGGAGCACAAGCAGGUGUUUCUGUGAGAUGGUCAAUGGGGAGCUAGCCCAUAGACACAAACCGCCUUCUCCAAAUGUCACAGCCUUGCUUUCACAGUGCAGCUUCUGACAUCUUUUCAUCAUAGUCUUAACUAACAUCAGGACAAUGUACUUCCUUUCAACAUUGCCCCAUAUUAAGAGACUUGCUCCUUUUGCCUUUCCUCC